AUGGAGGUUCCAAUAGGGUUUUUGGAGAAACUGUGGAGUUUCUUCUCUUUCCUUCCCUUCUUCUUCCUCUUGCUGCUCCUCGGCCUCACCAAAGCUUUGUUAGUUGGUCCAGUUUCAUCUGCUAUCAUUUUGAUUGGAAAUUCAUCAGUGAUCAUUGGCCUUUGGCCAGCACAUUUCAUUUGGACCUACUACUGUUUAGCAAGAACCAAGAGAAUCGGGUUGGUUUUGAAGACCAUGGCAUUGAUAUUGUUUCCAGUGCCUUUACUCCUAUGGCCAGUUGCUGGUAUAGCAGGAAGUCUCUUAGGCGGAAUCGCUUACGGUUUCUUCACACCGCUUAUGGCUACAUUUGAAGCUGUUGGAGAGUCUGUUACUAGCAAAUGCUAUCAUUGCUUUGUUGAUGGUUCACUCUCCACUAUUAAAGGGAGUUGUACCGUGGUUACGGACUUCAGUGACUUCUGCUUCCAUUCUUACUUCUCCUACAUGGAUGAGUUAAGAGAAAUGGUGUCCGCCGAUGCUAAACCCUUAGAGAUAAGGUUAUCUCGGCUACCGAGUUGUCUCCUUGCUAGUUUGAUAGGUGUGGUUGUAGAUGUUCUACUGAUAACAGCUGUUGCGCUUUACAAAAGUCCAUACAUGUUGCUCAAAGGAUGGAAGAGGCUAUUAGAAGACCUUGUUGGUAGAGAAGGUCCAUUCUUGGAGACUGUGUGUGUUCCAUUUGCAGGUCUUGCUAUAUUGCUAUGGCCACUAGCUGUCUCGGGAGCUGUAAUAGCUUCGGUUCUCUCAAGUUUCUUUCUAGGGUUGUACAGUGGAGUCAUUGUCCAUCAGGAGGACUCUUUGCGAAUGGGGCUUAACUAUAUAAUUGCUGCGGUCUCACUUUAUGAUGAAUAUGUAAACGAUUUACUCUCUAUGAAUGAAGGAAGUUGCCUACCACGGCCUUGCUAUAGGACCAAAACAGACGCAGGUCAUGGGAAGAAGAUAUUAGAAGAGAAGAAGAACGUUGAUCUCAAGAGCAAAAGAAGCAGCUCACUUAGUUCAAUGCUUGUUUCAGAACAUUCGAGGACACUGAAAAAAGCAAUCACACUAUAUAAACCAGUUCAGGUAUGGGAAUGGUUGUUUAAGUCGUGUGAAGUGAAUGGGAGGAUACUUGUUCGAGAUGGCUUGAUAGAUGUGAAAGAUGUAGAGGAAUGUCUUCUUAAGGGUAAUUGUAAGAAGCUUUAUAUUCAGCUACCGGCUUGGACCGUGUUACAAUGUCUCCUUGCAUCGGCUAAAUCGAAUUCAUCUGGAUUGGUGAUCAGUGAUAGCGUGGAGCUUACGGAACUGAACAGCCCUAGAGACAAAGUAUUUGCAUGGCUCGUUGGUCCUCUAAUGAUAAUGAAGGAGCAGAUAAAGAAUCUGGAGCUGACUGAGGAUGAAGAGUUUUGUCUAAGGAAAUUAGUAAUGGUCUGCAAAAACGAAACGACCGAGGAUUGGGAUAGCACCGGGUUCCCGUCAAGUGAUACAGUGAGAAAAGCACAAUUGCAAGCCAUAAUCAGAAGGCUGCAGGGGAUGGUGGCAUCAAUGUCAAGGAUACCAACGUUUCGAAGAAGAUUCAUGAACUUGGUCAAAGUGUUGUACAUAGAAGCUCUUGGGAUGGGUGCGUCCGGUAACCGAGCUGGAGGGAUCCUCAAACCGGACAGAGACCAAACGGGAAAGCUGGAUAGCGUGGAGGAUCGGACUAAAUCACUAGAUAUGGAUGUUGUAUAA